UGUGCGUAAACAUUUCACUUUACAUUAGCAGCUCACAGGCGACAACCGAUCUGUCUGUGACAGUUAUGUUAAUUAAAUAUUCUACAACGUUUUCUGAAUGGAAUUAUUUCUCAGGCAAAAUAAAUAAUGCGGCAUGUUGUAGGCUACUUUUUCUCCUUGGAGCUCAUCUGGCCUGUGCUAGAACACACUCUAUGAGGUACUUCUACACUGGUGUUUCUGGAAUCAGUGACUUCCCAGAGUUCACUGCAGUUGCUCUGGUCGAUGAUGAGCAGUUUAUGUACUUUGACAGCAACACAAAGAAAGCUGUGCCAAAGACAGAGUGGAUCAGACAGAAUGAGGGAGAAGACUACUGGAACGGAGAGACUAAGAUUUUCACUGGCACAUAUCCAGCCUUUAAAAUCAACAUCCAGAACCUAAAGAAACUGUUCAACCAGUCAGCAGGAGUUCACACAUGGCAGCAGAUGUGUGGCUGUGAGUUGGAUGAUGAUGGCACCAAACGAGGAUACUGGCAGUACGGUUUUGAUGGAGAGGAUUUCCUCAGUCUGGAUAAGAGCACCCUCACCUGGACUGCUGCUAGUCCUCAAGCUGUCCUUACCAAACAUAAAUGGGAGGUUAACAGAGCUAUAAUAGAACAACAGAAAGCAUAUCUGGAGAACACAUGUAUUGAUUGGCUGCAGAAGUAUGUGAGAUAUGGGAAGGAAACUCUGGAGAGAAAAGGUAGGAAUAUCAGUUGCUUAUAUAAUCACUUCAUAUCGAGCACUCAUCGUUAUAGCAUUUAUCUUUUCACCAGGAAACAGAAAAGUUGUAUACAUCAAACAGUUUGGUUAUAUGUGACUGUAUCUCCUUUACUCUCUCUGCCUUUAUACUCUGUCUGCAUUCAUUUGCUUCAAAACUAAAACAUGAUAUAAAUGCAUGCAGGACAUCAAAAGGGUGUUUGAAUUACAUUUUGACAUUUAAGAUAUAAGUAUACAUUACGUUGUUAUUUGUUGUUGUAUAUUAACAUGAAUAUCUGGUAUUUGUGAGGGAUUUUUUUGUAACACUAGACAAACUGAUUUUCACACAAACAUGAGGCCAGGAGAAAAGUUUGGCUCAUGCACAGUGCUUCAGAAAUGGAGAAAUAACUGCAAAAAUGUCACUGGAGCUACACUGUAAAAAAUUAUCCGUAAAAUAUAUGGUAAAAAAACGGCAGCUGUGGUUGCCAGAAUUAUAUGUACAAAAAACAGUAAUACCGUUUAAGGUUAAAUUUACAGAUUAAUACCGUAAUUUAACUGACAUAAUAAUAUUAAUAUACCAACUUACUGUAGUACUGAAAUCUGUUUUGUACCUUUGUAAUACACUGGUAACCACCCAAAGCAGGUGGUGAUGAGAAAGUCACUUAAUGAAACAAAGCCCAUCACAAGCAGCUUUUACAUAAUAAGAUGCAUAGAAGGUGCACAAUGUCAUUCACACAGGCACUAAAACCAUCAUGGUGAGACUCAUUAAAGGGGGGGUGAAAUGCUCGUUUUCACUCAAUAUCCUGUUAAUCUUGAGUACCUAUAGAGUAGUACUGCAUCCUUCAUAACUCCAAAAAGUCUUUAGUUUUAUUAUAUUCAUAAGAGAAAGAUAGUCUGUACCGAUUUUUCCCGGAAAAACACGAGCGGCUGGAGGCGUGACGUGUGGGCGGAGCUAAAGAAUCACGAGCGAGAUCCAGAAUCAGAUCCAGAGGCUGAAAUUUAACAAGAGCAGCCUCAGCAACAACGUCUCUAUGUGGUAUGUACUGAAACUGUAUAUAUUUGCUUAGCGGUUUUGGAAAAUGACUAAGUUCCACUUUGUCGCCUUUUUUUUUUUUUAAGCUGUACAUGUGGAAAGUGCAGUUUGAUGACAACAUCGCAUGUUGUUUACUUGAUGUGCUCACGCGCUGAUAGCUAAGUUAACAACACAGAGAUAUUUGAAGCAGUUUUACUCACCGCCUGCGGUUCCAAAACACGAUCGUAACCCUUUUUCGUUGGGACUGCAUUAUCCUUAAGAAAUAAAUGAUGUGCAAAUCCGGCCUUGUUUGUAAAACUUCUUCUUCGAAAUGCAGGGAACAAACACAAACACUUGCACAACUCCGUUGAUGCUCUGUAAAAAUAAACUCCAUCCACUGGUCCCUUAAUGCUGUUUCUCUUUUGGUAAUCUGUGCAGGGUUGUCUUGCCCUGGCAACCAAAAACACACUUCUUUUGUGACAUUCCGCGACGCUCUCGCUCUGAUCAGUGAAGUCUGUUGUGCUCUCAGUGCUCUGCUAUAGGGGAGCGCACUCUCUUCCGGCAGAAGUGCCUCAGGACCCAUAUAAGGAAAUUCCGCUCCAUCUAACGUCACACAGAACCAUACUCGAAAAAAACUUUCCGAAACUUGUGACAAACCGGAAGGAAUAUUUUUGGAACAGAAAUACUCCUUCAAACAUACAACUUAAUUUUUGAAACUUUGUCCAUGUUUAGUAUGGGAAUCCAACUCUUUAACAGUGUAAAAAACUCUGCAUUAGUAUGCAUGAAAUAGCAUUUCACCCCCCCCCCCUUUAAACUGAAAUAUGCAAUAAACAUUAAAGGGUUAGUUUACCCAAAUAUAAAAAUUAUGACAUUAAUAACUCACCCUCAUGUCGUUCCAAACCCGUGAGACCUCCUUUUAUCUUCAGAACACAGUUUAAGAUAUUUUAGAUUUAGUCAGAGAGCUCUCAGUCCCUCCAUUGAAGCUGUGUGUACGGAAUACUGUCCAUGUCCAGAAAGGUAAGAAAAACAUCAUCAAAGUAGUCCAUGUGACAUCAGAGGGUCAAUUAGAAUUUGUUGAAGCAUGGAAAAUACAUUUUGGUCCAAAAAUAGCAAAAACUAUGACUUUAUUCAGCAUUGUCUUCUUUUCUAGCUCGCCACCUAUCGUCCUUUUCUAAAGUCAUCCAUAAAGUGGACUCUGAUUGGUUAGAUCUCCUUAACACUGCCAUUCCCAAAUAUGCAGGGCAUAUUUGUUUCUUAAUCUAAAUUAAGAGCCUUUAAGAUGUUUGAUGUUGGUGUCAUUCUCAUCAGCAAUCACUGGUAGGUUAAUAAAACAGGUAACAGGCCAUGUAUAUAGUCAACCCUUAACUUGGACCUCUACAGACCUUAUUGUCCAUUUGCUCCACGGAAUGUACUGACCAUUCUCCCAAUUUACCAGAGGGCCCAUGGUAGUUGAGGAUAAACCAAGAUUACGACAGGUCCAACUGCAAGGUUUUUAGUCUCUGCAUGCCACUUCCGAUAUUCUAUGCAGUUGUGUUGGGAUUUUCGAACUGCCUCACGACCUCUUAGUAUCCACACAUUUCUCCUCAUUUCAGCAAAUACCCAUUCUGUUCCUGGGUGACACAACUUACUGUCAUAGUCCUGUAUGAGCAGGGCCGUGCACAGACCUUUUGAGGGGCAUGUGCUGAAACUGAAAAAGGGCACCCCCCCCCCCCUUUUUAUAUCA